AUGAUAGGACGGUAUUGGGUGCCGCUCCCAAAGAUUUGGCGUUCUUGGGAAAAAGAAAACAGAUCAACCCCUCAAAGGUAUCUAACAUUCCAGGACUGCAUCGCCAAAGGCCUUCAUAAUCUGAGAGAACUGAUUUUCGUGCUUCACGACUGGUCGAAUGGCGGAACUUUCGCCCCGUCAGAAAUCGAUCCAGGGCCCCUAGAACAGAGUCGACUCGAAGUUGUCAGUAUGUUCGAGGAAGCAAGGUUAGAGAACCCUAACAUCAAGAUUCCGGAGAUAAUCAUUAUUAGACACGACGACCCUCGAGCUCCGACGGAGUUCCACGUCACGCCAGAAGAGGCAGAUGACUGCAGAAAAAAGUGGGCUGGUAUCCAACCUUACUUAAUUCUUCAAUGA